GUGACCAUCCCCCGAUACCGGAACGGAGUUACCGGUGCAUCGAUAAACGACUGUUUGUUGUAUAAUUCGCGGAUUCUCCAGAUCUCCAAAUAUUAUUCUGUUAAAUUGUCAUUGGAGUGAUGUGUUUUCUUCUUUUCGUCGUUGUGUUGACGCUGAAGUUUGGUGAUUAAAAACUCGUGGGAAAAAAAAAACCUGUCAAAACGUUCACGCGUGCACGCACUUGGAUGCCACUUUACUCGAUCUCAUAAUCGAGUUUGACAGUUCGAGAGAUCGGUGCGAGAACUGUCGCAAUUGUUGCACGUGAAACAGACUCAAUCAGUGAACUUUCGUAAUAAUGUGGUAAAUUAAGAACGUUGUAAGACAGAAUUUUACAGAGACGGAUAUUACAGACGGAUGUUAAAUAAUAAUUAAAUAAUUAUUGCGCGCUUAUGUGGGUGAAAACACAUUUUUCUUCAAGAUUUAAAUCGAACAAUCGAAAAUUAAAAUUAUCUCAAUGAACGCAGACUCGAUCAAAAUUAUCGAGUUUGAUUGAAAAACCAAGCAAGAUGAGACUCUUCUGAGACGAGAAGUAGUGUGAUAGUGUUGAAGAUUUACCAGAAAGAAAAUUCGAUCCGAGUAAUUCGAUUUCGAAAAAAAAACUCGAAAAAAUGCUUUAAGAAUGUUGUCCUCGUCGGUGUCAACUCCGUUCAGCGUUCGUGACAUUCUUAGCGAGGAUCAGCAGCUUGGCGUCAUGGAUUGUUACGCUCAUCAUCAGAAUCAAGCUCAACAACAACAACAACACAUGCAUCAGGAUUAUUAUUCGUAUAACAUUGUACCUGAAACCAAUUGGGAAAUGGAUAAAUUUAAGGAACCGCCGAUGUCCAGUUAUCAGCAUUAUUCCGAUCUCAAUCACGUUCAUCAAUUGAGUCAAGUGAUACCGCCUUAUCAAGAAACCUCUAUCACUGAGGAUGGUAACAUUGUUACAUCCAGCAAAACGGAACUGCGCAAAAGUCAAUCUGGUAAAAGAACGAAACGGAAGCCACGAGUGUUAUUUUCGCAAACGCAAGUGUACGAGCUGGAGCAACGAUUCAAGCAGCAGAGAUAUCUGAGCGCACCUGAGAGAGAGGUGCUGGCCCAAUCGCUUAAACUAACCAGCACUCAGGUGAAGAUCUGGUUUCAGAAUCGUAGAUAUAAGAACAAACGCGCCCGAAUCGAAGACGCGGAGAAGUUACAAGCGCAGAACAUGAAAAAUCAAUCGUUGAAGAAGAUCACCGUGCCGAUUCUCAUCAAGGACGGCAAGCCCAACGUGCAGGAAUCAACAUACAACGGUCCUUAUUGGAACAUUCGAACGGAUUUGAGCGCUUCGAUGCAGACGGAUUUCAGAAACGAUAUUCGCCUCAGUCCCGAUCACUUUCGAUCAUCGAAUUCGAACGAGAUAAAAGUCGACUCAAGCAUCAGUCCGGAGUACAAGUCGGAAGUUACCGCGGAAAUGCCCGCGAGAUCGAGCCUGAACGAAAUGAUGGACAGGCAGCACAUUCUGAAUUCCGAUUACAGAAACAAUUUCGCGACGGACACAUCUUCGCAGAGCAUGCUCGAUUGCGGUCGAAUAAUUAAAACGGAAUUCAAAGUAGCGACCGGCAACGAAACCGCCUCGUAUCCGGAUUUAAAAACCGUUCAAUCCGACAGCAAAGAGCUUAUGACUGACAGACGAAUGCCCAUGGAUGUCUCUAAUGAGUACACAUUUUCCAAUUACCUUAAUCCGCCCAAUUAUCCGAUACAGUAUGUAAAUUAUAUGGAGCAGGUGCCUAUGGAUCAGAAUUUACAACGAUUGUGGUAG